AAGAAGAAUAGCGAAACGAAGCGUAGAGAGAGAGACAGAGAGAAGUGCGACAGAAAAUGAAGUUCACAGAUUCACCGGUGAUCGAGCUUCCGGUCGGCACCUCCGUCCUCUCCCUCCAGCAAGACAACGGAUCCAUGCACGUAGGAACCUCCGUCUGGCCGUGCUCCCUCGUCCUCGUCAAAUUCGCCGAUCGCUGGUCCCCACUCACCAACACAGACCCUAACCCUUACUCCCCCCUCCUGGAUUUCCGUUCCAAACGCGCCGUGGAGCUCGGCACCGGUUGCGGCGUCGCCGGCAUGGGUUUCUACCUCCUCGGUCUGACGGACAUCGUCCUGACUGACAUCUCGCCCGUGAUGCCGGCGCUGAAGCGCAACCUGAAGGUGAACAAACCCGUGCUACGCAAGAAUCUGAAGCACUCCGUGUUGUACUGGAACAAUAAGGAUCAGAUCCAGGCACUUAACCCGCCGUUCGACGUGGUUUUGGCGACGGACGUGGUUUAUAUCGAGGAGUCGGUGCAGCACUUGAUUUCCGCCAUGGAAGCCCUGGUGUCUGAAGACGGCGUCGUGUUGCUCGGGUACCAGGUGAGGUCUCCGGAGGCGCACAAGAAGUUCUGGGAGAUGUGCGAUGAGGUUUUCGAUAUCGAGAAGGUCCCUCGUGACCACCUGCACCCUGAAUAUGCGUACGAGGAGACUGAUGUUUUUCUCUUGCGGAAGAAGAAGAAGAAGCAGUGAUUUUGGGUAACAAAGUUGUGUUCAUGCUCGCGAUUGUGUUCGGUGUACCCAAUGCUUGUCAAAGAAAAGAUCUUUGUAGACUUCCUAAGCCUUGCUGCUGUAUUCCUUUUUAGCUUGAAAUACUAUUUUCUAUGGUGGAAGGUUGAUGGCUCUGCAUUACUGUUCUGAAUUGCGACUAUUUCGGGCUUACUUCAAGAUGAUGAUAGGCUCGAUUGUUGUACAUGUAAAUUACACCAACCGUAUUGAGUGUUGACAUGGAGGAUUGACAAUGUUCUGCCACCAAAAUGCAAUUCAAGAGAUAGAAAACAAGUGUGAUUAAGAGAAGUUAACUACUUAUCUUUUCUUUUUUUUUUUUCUUUUUUUUUUUGGUUGG